AUGGAUGAGGACCAGGAUGGCGCCGAGAUUGGGAAAACGCGUGGCAGCAGAGAAGAAAGCGCUGAGGAGGAGGAGGAAGAGGAGGAGGAGGAGGAGGAGGAGGAGGAGGAGGAGGAGGAGGAGGAGGAGGAGGAGGAGGAUGAGGAGGAGGAGGAGGAGGAGGAGGAGGAGGAGGAGGAGGAGGAGGAGGAGGAGGAGGAGGAGGAGGAGGAGGAGGACGAGGACGAGGAGGAGGACGAGGAGGAGGAGGACGAGGAGGACGAGGAGGAGCAAGAGGAUGAGGAGGAGGCGGAGGAUGAGGAGGAGGAUGAUGAGGAGGUGGGGGAGGAGGAGAAGGAGGAGGGUGAUGAUGAGGAGGAGGAGGAGGAAGAGGAGGAGGAGGAGGAGGAGGAGGAGGAGGAGGAGGAGGAGGAGGAGGAGGAGGAGGAGGAGGGGGAGGAGGAGGAGGAGGAGGAGGAGGAGGAGGAGGAGGAGGAGGAGGAGGAGGGGAAGGAGCAGGAGGAGGAGGAGGAGGAGGAGGAGGAGGAGGAGGAGGAGGAGGAUGACGAGGGGGAGGAGGAGGAUGACGAGGAGGAGGAGGAGGAGGAGGAGGAGGAGGAGGAGGAGGAGGAGGAGGAGGAGGAGGAGGAGGAGGAGGAGGAGGAGGAGGAGGAGGAGGAGGAGGAGGAAGAAGAUGUGGCGGCAGAUAAGGUCCCAGAGUAG